UUCACGCUCGCUUUUCCGCCUCAGUUUAAACGGGCGGUUAUGACUGGGAAUUCGAGUUGUAGUCGUUUUAUAGGCGACAAAUGAAUAGAUAUCUCAAAUAUAAGUCACAUAAGACAAACAUAAUUGUUUAUUUGUUAAGAUAAUGCCCUAUAGUUGACGUCGAUAGCUAUUUUGACUUUAAACUGAACGGAGCUCAUCAGCUGUAAUGUCUCUGCCUCCCGAGAAAGCUUCCGAGUUGAAGCAAAUUAUUCGCAACCAUCUGCUCAAGAUGGAUAUCUAUGGGAAGAUUCGGGAGGUGCUGGCUGAGACUGUGAGGGAUGAUCAGGGCCCAGCACAUCAGUCUCUGUCUGAGGCAGAUUUCCUACGUGCUCUGCAACGCAGGGGCAUCAUAGAUGAUGUGAUGAAGGACAUACACUUUACCCAGGAAGCACCCAAAGAUGCAGAAAGAGGAUCUCCUCAAAAGCCUGCUACUUACUUUGCAGAGAAAGAUAUCACUCAGCUGAAGAAAACCAACAUUAACCCAACCAGGAGGUAUUUGUUUCUGCAAGUGCUUGGAGGUAAGGCUUUCCUCGAGCACCUCCAGGAGCCGGAGCCUUUACCUGGUCAAGUGUGUUCCACAUUCACAUUGUACUUGCACUUCCGCAGUCAGAGGUUUCGCUCAAAGCCAGUGCCCUGUGCCUGUGAACCUGACCUGAAGGAGGGCUUCCUCUUAGAGAUUCACAGAGAUGGCAUAGGAGAGGGCGGUAAAAUGGUAGACGUGACCACCAUGCUGUCUAUGUGUGACCGGAUUCACUUGGUGCUGAUCAAGACAGAUACCUCCAGUGAGACGACGCUGGUCUCAUCCUACUUUCUGGACUGGAGGACAGUCCUCAGCUCACCCAGUGGAAAGACCUGCUUUGCUGUAGAGCUGAUGGGCGUUGGAAGUGAAUGUAAAGUCCCAGCCGGUGUUUUGACUGUCAGUCUGGAGCUGUUCCCUCCUCUCACCGAGACACUGAGUGCUGACAUCAUCAGCACACAGCAAUCACUAGAGCGGCGGAGGAUAGCAGAAAAGGAGAGGCUCUUCUUGGUUUAUGCCAAACAGUGGUGGAGGGAGUUCCUCGAGAUCCGACCAUCACACCAAUCCAAACUGGUCAAGAUCUUUGCUCAGGAUGAGAAUGGUGUCAGCAGACCAGUGUGUGCCUACGUGCAUGUCCUCCGUGCAGGCCGGCUGCUGGAGAGUCCUCGACAGGCGGCCCGUUUCGUCAGCCUGCUGGCCCAUGAGAAAGCUUCAGUGGUGGGAGGAGGUGCAGAGAAGCAGGAGCAGUGGUGCACAUUAAUGGCUUUCCUGUGCAGAGGGAGGGGGGACUGUGAGGAUCAUGCCACCCUGCUGUGUAGCCUCCUGCUGGGCUUUGGCCUGGAUGCAUACGUAUGUGUGGGCACAAAAGCCAAGGGAUUGCCACACACCUGGGUCCUGACCCGCGGUACUGAUGGUAGUAUUACCUUCUGGGAGAGCCUGACAGCACACAGAUACCUCCACCAGGCUAUAGACCCAGAUGCCCCACCCCUGGCCCCGCAGCCCAAACCCUCCUCCCCCUACCGCACUGUGGGCUGUGUCUUUAACCACCAGACCUUUCUGGCUAACUGCCAGCCGUCCGAUGCUGUGGAGCUUUGUGUCUUUGACUUCCAGAAUCAGUCUCAGUGGAAGGCCAUGAGCAGUGAGGCUCUGGAGUCUGUCUGUGCCCUGGUCUCCACCACCUCUUUGCCACCUCUGCCUCCACUUUGUGCCCCUUCUCUGGAUCCUGCUGCUGCCAGCAACCAGCUGGAGCUGGAGAUGCGCUUCCUGAUCUCUGAGCACAGGAAGGACCUGGAGCUGGCAACGGUCUGGGAUGACCACCUGUCCUACCUGCUCUCCUCUGCCUUAUCAGCCUAUGAGCUGGAGCGCUGUACUGGUGUCUCCUGUGGUAACGAGGAGUUUCAGGAUGCAGUAAGGAGGGCAGUGCCGGACGGGCACACCUUCAAAGGUUUCCCUAUCCACUUCCUGCACUGCAAUGCUCGUAGAGCUUUUGCCACUUGCCUCAGGUCUCCAUUCUGUGAGGAAAUAGUGUGUUGUCGUGGCGACCAUGUGAGGCUGGCUGUCCGUGUUCGGGUGUUUGUCUAUCCAGAGAACGCAUGUGCUGUGUGGCUCAUGUUUGCAUGUAAAUAUCGCUCUGUACUCUGACCAACAGAUAUGUGAUACUCAGAAACUUGUUGCUUGUGUUGCACAUUGAUCUAGACCACGGGUGAGGUUGGUUAAAGAUCUGUGCGUGUGCAGUACAUUGCAUUAGAAUACCUGCACCCAUGGUGAGACUACUUUGAAAUCAAGUUUUACUCCGUAUCAGAAACAGAUGCACAGAUGUUUGCAGCUGUUGUUUAUACCCUGAUUCUCAGACCUUUAUUUUGUAGUGCCUUAGGCUCAUUAUUUGUACAAAUAUUUACUCAGAAUUGUAUUUAUGUAUCU